CUUCAUCACAUACAAUUCAAUCUCUCCCCACAAACAACAACAACAACAACAACAAAAACAUCAUCAACAACUCAAAGCUCUAGCUAAUUUCAAGAAAAUCCAAUUGUCCCUUCAUUUUCUUGAUUUUCUUUUAAUUAAACAUGAAGAUGGGAAACACUAAUAUGGGAAGUUCAAAGAGGAGAAUUUCAAGUAGAGGAGUUGGAGGUGUUCUAAGAGAACAAAGGGCUAAACUUUACAUUAUUAGAAGAUGUGUAGUCAUGCUCCUUUGUUGGCAUGAUUGAAAAAUCUUUAGAAGAGCGAUCAGGAGGCAUACCAGGCAAAUUCGUAAGAAAGACCUUCAUAAAACUCACGAACAAAACGGACAGAAUUCAAGAAAGGCGAUGAAUCAACACCAGUAUCACGAAUAUGAGCCA